GCCCGCCCGCCGCCUUCCUCCCUCUGCCUUCCUUCCCCACGGCCGGCCGCCUCCUCGCCCGCCCGCCCGUAGCCCCGGAGCCGAGGCCGCCGCGGCCGUGGCGGCGGAGCCCUCAGCCAUGGCCUCGGGCGACACCCUCUACAUCGCCACGGACGGCUCGGAGAUGCCGGCCGAGAUCGUGGAGCUGCACGAGAUCGAGGUGGAGACCAUCCCGGUGGAGACCAUCGAGACCACGGUGGUGGGCGAGGAGGAGGAGGAGGACGACGACGACGAGGACGGCGGCGGCGGCGACCACGGCGGCGGGGGCGGCCACGGGCACGCGGGCCACCACCACCACCACCACCACCACCACCCGCCCAUGAUCGCGCUGCAGCCGCUCGUCACCGACGACCCGACCCAGGUGCACCACCACCAGGAGGUGAUCCUGGUGCAGACGCGCGAGGAGGUGGUGGGCGGCGACGACUCGGACGGGCUGCGCGCCGAGGACGGCUUCGAGGACCAGAUCCUCAUCCCGGUGCCCGCGCCGGCCGGCGGCGACGACGACUACAUCGAGCAGACGCUGGUCACCGUGGCGGCGGCCGGCAAGAGCGGCGGCGGCGGCUCGUCGUCGUCGGGCGGCGGCCGCGUCAAGAAGGGCGGCGGCAAGAAGAGCGGCAAGAAGGGCUACCUCGGCGGCGGGGCCGGGGCGGCGGGCGGCGCGGACGCGGGCAACAAGAAGUGGGAGCAGAAGCAGGUGCAGAUCAAGACCCUGGAGGGCGAGUUUUCGGUCACCAUGUGGUCCUCAGAUGAAAAAAAAGAUAUUGACCAUGAGACAGUGGUUGAAGAGCAGAUCAUUGGAGAGAACUCCCCUCCUGAUUAUUCAGAGUACAUGACAGGGAAGAAGCUUCCUCCUGGAGGGAUACCUGGCAUUGACCUCUCAGACCCCAAACAACUGGCAGAAUUUGCUAGAAUGAAGCCAAGAAAAAUUAAAGAAGAUGAUGCUCCAAGAACAAUAGCUUGCCCUCAUAAAGGCUGCACAAAGAUGUUCAGGGAUAACUCUGCCAUGCGAAAGCACCUGCACACCCACGGCCCCCGAGUCCACGUCUGUGCAGAGUGUGGCAAAGCUUUUGUUGAGAGCUCAAAACUAAAACGACACCAACUGGUUCAUACUGGAGAGAAACCCUUUCAGUGCACAUUCGAAGGCUGCGGGAAACGCUUUUCACUGGACUUCAAUUUGCGCACACACGUGCGAAUCCAUACCGGAGACAGGCCCUAUGUGUGCCCCUUCGAUGGCUGUAAUAAGAAGUUUGCUCAGUCAACUAACCUGAAAUCUCACAUCUUAACACACGCUAAGGCCAAAAACAACCAGUGAGAAGAUGACGGAGAAGACCCUUCUCGACCCCGGGGAGCAUCUUCCAGGAGUGUGAUUGGGAAUAAAUAUGCCUCUCCUUUGUAUAUUGUUUCUAGGAAAGAAUUUUAAAAAUGAAUCCUACACACCUAAGGGACAUGUUUUGAUAAAGUAGUAAAAAUUAAAAAAAAAAAAAACUUUAAUAAGAUGACAUUGCUAAGAUGCUCUAUCUUGCUCUGUAAUCUCGUUUCAAAAACACGGUGUUUUUGUAAAGUGUGGUCCCAACAGGAGGACAAUUCAUGAACUUCGCAUCAAAAGACAAUUCUUUAUACAACAGUGCUAAAAAUGGGACUUCUUUUCACAUUCUUAUAAAUAUGAAGCUCACCUGUUGCUUACAAUUUUUUUAAUUUUGUAUUUUCCAAGUGUGCAUAUUGUACACUUUUUGGGGAUAUGCUUAGUAAUGCUAUGUGUGAUUUUUCUGGAGGUUGAUAACUUUGCUUGCAGUAGAUUUUCUUUAAAAGAAUGGGCAGUUACAUGCAUACUUCAAAAGUAUUUUCCUGUAAAAAAAAAAAGUUAUAUAGGUUUUGUUUGCUAUCUUAAUUUUGGUUGUAUUCUUUGAUGUUAACACAUUUUGUAUAAUUGUAUCGUAUAGCUGUAUUGAAUCAUGUAGUAUCAGAUAUUAGAUGUGAUUUAAUAGUGUUAAUCAAUUUAAACCCAUUUUAGUCACUUUUUUUUUUCCGAAAAAUACUGCCAGAUGCUGAUGUUCAGUGUAAUUCCUUUGCCUGUUCAGUUACAGAAAGUGGUGCUCAGUUGUAGAAUGUAUUGUACCUUUUACCACCUGAUGUGUACACCCCAUGUAACAGAAAAGGGCAACAAUAAAACAGCAAUCCUACAGAAAGAAUACGGCAGAAAAAGAUCUGUAAGCACAGUCUUAUUUCCUUUUGUUGUCCAGAAUAAUUAUAAUUCUCGAGCCUCCCAGAAAUUGGAAGUAAAUAAAGCAACUCAAGUUUCCUUUAUUUUGCACUCAACUACAGUGACUUGUGAUUGCAGCGGUGCAUAGAUGUUUUAGGACUUCCUACGCGUGCUGAAUUCUGGGAGAGAGUAGGUGACAGGCAUCCCGAGUUAAGGAACUACCUCAGAGUACCCCAGACCGGGCCCGUUGGUGACAGGUUUCUGAUUUUAGCUCUCCCCCAGCAAAAGUGUGACUGAAGCAGCUGCGCCCUGGCCUGUGUGUGCACGCGUUCAAGGUAAGCUGUCACCUGGACGGGGCGCGAGCAGAGGGGAGACCCGGGGCACUUGCAUUGCUCGGGCUGCCUUCAGGGCAGCCCCGGCAGGUCCUUGGCUUGUCUGACAGGAAGCGCUUAGGGUUCUCGGCUGCUGGUAGGAGAGCCUUGGUUCCUCCAUGUGGUAGAGGCUUUAAAUGCUGGCACGUGUCGUGGGUGAGCACCAUUGGCUUUCAUGCUUCUACCUGGACAGCGAGCACAGACUGGCAGGGUGAUUAGAUUAUAAAGACGAUAUAUUGUACUCAGUGAGUACUUCUCACGUUGUGACCUCCUAAAUGUACAAUUAUAAUUCUUGAAUUUUACUUAAGAGUCAAAUACCAGACUUGUGAGACUAUUUUAUAAAACUGCCAUGAUACAGCAAAAUCCCCAUGUACUCAAAAUGCAAAUAUACUGUGUGUGCUGCACGCUUGACUCUGCGAGGUAAUUGAGACAAACUAGCUGAUAUAAUAUCUGUGGUUUAUUUAAGAUGUCCAGGACACCAUCAGGCCAAAAAUGUAGCCCUGUCUCUUAAGAGCUUCUCCAUCGGUCCUGUACAGGAGGAUUGGUGACCUAAUAGCAGUGACCCUGUGGCUCUCCGGAAUUUUGAAGUGCCUUCUGAAUCCUAAAUGACAAAUUUAACUUGAGACGCUUUUUUUUUAUUCGUUCAGAAUCUGUUAUCCAUUGGGUAGUUUGAUCAGAAGACCCCAGCUGUUCUCUGGAUAAGCCAGGCUUUGCUGUAUCUGGCAGUCAGGAGAGAGGUAAGCCGGUGGCGGAGGUCCCCUUCGAAGCUGCGUGCCCCAGUGCAAACGUGUGGUUCUUUUGACUAGACCUGGGGCGGAGGCCUCCACCGAUGCCUGUGGUGUAAGUGCCCGUACCUGCCCUCUCCACCGUCAGGUGGGCAGCCUCUGGGUGGCUGUACUGAAAAUGCCGCAUCACCCCCGCCCAGCACUGCCACACGAGAGCCUGGUCCUGGCCAUGUCCUCAGGACUCCUGCCCAAGGGCCCACGGCUAAGCCGACUGGUGCCACAGGCAGGUGUCGCCAGCAGCCCCCCCAGAGCCACGCCAUGACCUACAGAGAAGCCAGGCUCCCGUGUGGAGCGAGGUCCCCCUUCCUCUGUGCCUUGAUCCUUUGGGGGAUGCCUUGGUCAUCUCUUGUGCCCCUUCUGUCUCUGCGGGGAACAGCCAUCGCUCCCCAGGGCCCUUUAUCCAUGUGUCUUCUCUUGCGGGUCUUCAGAGUUCAUCUCUGACAGGAAUUUGAUUGGGGGUUGGAAGGCGAUGGAAUGUCCCAGGUUUCUGGUUGGCGGGGCGCUCUCGAUUCCCAGUAGUGUACGUAGGAAGUUCGUCAGUGAGCGGCAGUGGAAAAAUAGCCGUUGUCCUCAUUGGCUGUAACCGAAACCCGUUGUGCUUGUGGUUAGAAUUUAUAAUUUUGCUAAAGAUGUAAUUUUACUGCAGUUUGAAGUGGCGUUCUAACAGUGAGUCCCUUGUCUUGAGGAUUAACCUGAUUUAUAAGUAAUACUGAUAGACAUAUUUUCUUACAUCCGAGCUGAAAUAAAUGCAUGUUUCUAGCAUAUGUAAUAUAAAAGUUCCAGAGGAUAAGUUUACAUUUAACAAGAUGUUGUUUUCUAUUUUUGGAUUUCUUAUUAUUUUCCCCCUUUUUUGGUAGUGGGGGUCUCGGGGGAAGCAUAAUAUUUGUAUAAAGAACUGUCACCCCAGAGUGACAUUUAUUUUCCAAGGUGACAUUGAACUCACGCUGUUGGUUUCAUAUGGUGUUUGUGUGCUGUGCCUAGAUUCAAGGCCUGAGGAUUUGAGGAAAAUCAAGAUCCCCCCCCCCCCAUUUGGUGUUCAUGUGCAACUUCUUUUAAACAUCACUUAUUUUGCUGAAUUUGACUAAAGCAAGGCCUUUUGACAGAAUAGCAUCUCGAUGCCUGCCGGUGUGUCUGAGCAGAGCUCUAGACGGUUUCUUCACAGAUAGAGGACAGUCCCUUCCAUUCAGCAAGAACCCAGAGAGACCCCACGGUCUGCCUGAGUAGCCGCCACAGUGCGGUAGGGGGGCUUCCUGCUGCCCCCGCUCCGCCCAGUGAAAUCUAGCUGUUGCACCGCGCCUCUAUCUAUGUCCCUGGCGCCGGCACACCUGCCCCCCCCCCCCCAAAGGGUUUGAGUGGGAAGCUCAGGACUCCACCUCGCACUGCAGGCAGAGAGAAUUGAUGGCUCCGUGUCUGGCUCCUCUGUGGCCUGGGAUCAGCGUAGCUUAGGAAAGCCAUGUGAUUAAUCUUUGAUUCCUUAAGUUCCUUCUGUUUUCUGGACAUCUGACCACCAGCAAGAGCAAGGAUCCCAGAGGUCAGUAUAGUGGGAGAGCAGCAGAGGCUGCUCACCCGGCGUCUCCCUCGUGCCAUGACCCUGCCCUGAGGCUUCCUCCUAGCUGUUCCGGCCUGCCUGUCGUGGGGUGGCCUCAGACCCCUGGCGCUUGUCUAACCUUGUAGCCCUUUGUCCUGGUUCCCUUUGGAAGCUCAGCAGGUCCUGGCAGGUGCAUGCCACCCAAACUCCAAGCUCUGCUUCCUUGCCGCCCCGGUCACGCACACCAUAGCCUGCACAGAAGCACUGAAUGUCUGGCUAGGUCUCCUGCACCUUCCAUUUACUGGCCUUGGCCAACUUGGUCACUGCUCACGUUGUGCGCUCAGGUUCCCUGGUUGCAUGAAGAUGGUGUGAGGCCCUUUAGAGCAAGCGGCAUCAGGCUUCUAGAAGGAGAUGGGCCCCUCCACAAGUAGGGGGGUAUCCACGGCUGGAAGGCUGCUGGCAUCCUGUCCAGGUCAGAGAGGCCAGCAGGGUGCUGGAGAGGAUGUUUAAGCUGGGGCCGAGUGGGGCCGUGGGAGGGGUGCGUGGCGUACUGUUGACACACUUCUCCGCUCCCCUUAGAAAAACCGGAAGGGAAUGUUGAACGUGAACCUGAGCAUUAGUUUAGGUCAGCAGGCAAAUCAAGCUUCCUGCAAGCUGCUCACCCCGCUCCCCAAGUUUCUGACCAGCGUUCUGGGAGUCUGCAGAGGGGGAGUGUGGUGGUAAUCACGUUCAUCUGAGUCGCAAUGAUUGAUUUUCCACAAAGCAGCAAGUUUGAUCAAAUUGCUUUUCCUUCAAGACACUCAGACGCCAUAAGAAACAGCAUCGGGAUGUUGCGGGGCGGGGGCAGUGGCUGUGCUGCAGUCUGUUGGCUGCUCUCUGGGGGCCGCACAAUGUCUGCAUACAUCGUGGCAGGGAAAGGGCAUCAGUACCAAACACAAUAACCUUUUUUCUACAACAUCCAUAACUGUUAACGAGGCUCUAUUAUCUACGGACGGUGAUUGGUCAAGCCAUUUUCAUAGAACAAUUCUGUUUUUAUUCACUUGCUGGUAACUUCUGUAGGCCCUGACUCAAGGACUUAGCAUUGUGUCUCAUGUACAUCUUUUCUUAAAUGUUCUUUGCCAUUUCUGGAAUUGUCGUCCUUGGUUUUUCCUUAGCUCAUAGGUCAUAGAUGCAGAAAUAUUAUAGUAUUUAAGGCAUCCGCAUCAAGCAUCAGAUGGCUUUGCAUCCAGAAAAACAUUUAACGAUAACUCCGUUUGAAGCACCACGCAUGUGUAACAUGGCUCUAUAAAAUAUAAUAAACGCAUAAUGUUGUUAAGCUUU